AUGGAAUUACCUCUGGAUCGGACAGUGUGGCUUCAGCAGAAAGGCUACUCGGGGAAUAUGGGGAUGAGUCUCAAGGCGUUGAUGGGCACCAAGGGAGACUGGCUGGAUGUGACGCCAGCGACAAGGGCCGCACCCGAGCAUAUCCCCUCUGUAGAUGAGAGGAGUAUCCAGCGAGACUUGAAGAGGUUUGUCAAGAAAGCAUCAGGGCGACUGAAGAAGCAUGUCCCAGUCGAGACACACGUCGUCCGCAUACCCGCAGCAGCAGUGGAUGGUUACUUUAGGCUUGUACUGUGCUCGGGGGAGGGGGGGAAGAAGACGCUCUGCGGCAGCCCGGUGUUUCGGGUAGCAAGCACGACAACCGAGAUCAGCGUGGUGAGAGGGGCAAGCUUGAAGACAAUGCCGCUCGAGGUGGGCGUCAAGGUGGCAAGCACUGUCGGACAGCAGGUUGCCAAGCGAUAUGCAGGAGCAGCGGCGCUCGUGGUCCAGAACCGGGCGACGUCCACUGUGACCAAAAAAGUGUCGAGUGCGGCGAUGAGCAACGCAAAAAAGGCGUUCUCUACAGGAAAGCAAGUUGUACAGACGACCGGUAUGGACUCGGCCGUUGUCGAGAGCUGGGAGCGAGGCAAGAAUGGACGGUACGAGGCCGCGGUAUUCGAGUCGGUGACGAGUCUUGUCGGGCCCGACGAAGGCCCCGAGACCCCGUUCCCUGUAAGCUUCGAGGGUAUAGUAGGCAAAGCAAGUGGACGGUCGACGAGAGAGCUGGCUAUCCCGACAGCCAACGUCCACGGCGUGAGAGACGAGGUCAAGAUGCGCAUGCGAGGCGUGUUUGCAGCAUGGGCUUGUGUUUGUGCGCCCAAAAGCAUGGGUGACAUCUCACGAGACUGGCACGAAGCUAUCGUAACGAUCGGGCCGUUGCGGUACGGGCCGCCCGAGGUGGUGGUGAAGAACAGGAUCGCUGUCCACCUCCUCCACGACUUUGACGGGGCUUCGUUUGCGGACGCGAAGUUGCGUGUGGUCUUGAUGGGGUACCUUCACCCGCCAUUGGAGAGAGAGGUGUCGCCGUCGGAGGUGCUUGAUCAGCAUGAGGUGGACACAAUGGUCGUGAUGGCGAGCCUGGGGCGAGAGAACUGGAGCAUCGAGGAGGCGAGCAGGCGGGAUCGGACUUUGGCGGAGAGGCUGGACGGGGUUACGGGGUCGGUGCAGGGCAAGGUCGACAGGAUACCUCUGCACUGGGUCGGUGUGCGGAGCGAAGUCGGCGCGAUGAGAGACAAGAUGUAUGGCAAUGGUGGGCUGUGGAUUCCCAGGUAA